CUCGCGUUGAUGUCAUUUCAGUUGGACUUCAAUUUAUUCAAUGGAACCGAUUCAGUGAUUCGCGAAUCAAGCGAGCAGAGACGAACAGUCGGUUGUCGUCAGACCGGUGAGCUGAAUGAAAUGAGAUCAGGUAGUGGACCCCUCCAUGGAAGAGGCCAGCGAUGAGGGGCUUCUACUCCAAGCUGGACUCCUCAUCUCCUCUGAACCUGGCCGUGGAGACUGAGAAAGCUCAGGCCCUGCUCCAGACCUUCAGCACUGCCUCUCUGUUAGCCAGCGCGGGCCUGGGUGCUUUCUGCUUCCUCGCCGACCACUUUCUGACGCUCCCCUUCAUCCAGCACCAUCUGUGGCUCAGGGCGGUGCUCGAUAACGCCGUCCACGGCAUCAUCGGACUCUGGUCAUGGGCCAUCAUCAUCGGUUUGAGGAAGAAAAGUGACUUCUAUGAAGUCGUCUUGGCUGGGUUUCUGGCAUCUAUCAUUGACCUGGACCACUUCUACACGGCUGGAUCAUUGUCACUCAAAGAUGCGGUGAAUCUGCUGCACAGGCCUCCGCUGCACUGCUCCACCCUGAUCCCAGCGCUCUGCUUCUCCCUGCGCCUCCUCAUGUGGGCCUGCCAGCUCAAGGACUCCUGGUGCUCCCUGCCCUGGAUGCUGUUCAUCUCACUGGCAUCGCACCACAUCCGCGACGGCGUUCGGCACGGUCUUUGGGUGUGUCCGUUUGGAAACACGGCACCCAUCUCUUACUGGCUGUACGUCACCAUCACAGCCACUCUCCCUCACCUGUGCUCGGUGCUCAUGUAUCUGACCGGCACCAGAGACAUGAUCUCCACCAAACACGGGGUCGCCAUCGACGUCUGAAACACUGGCUUGAUUGUGGGCUCGUUAUAUAUUCAAUUAUUA